AUGUUAACGUUAGUUACUUUAGCAACAUUCCUUUUGGAAAUAUGUAGUUCAUCACCUGUAUAUAAUAUGCAACCAGCUUUUAUAACUGCCAAUAUAGGUGCCACAACUGGUAGAAACAUAAGAAACUUGCCAUGCAUAUCUCGAAAAAACAACGAAAGCGGGGUGUGCAUGUUUGCGAUAGACUGUGUAAAAGCCAAUGGAACCCACUUGGGUACCUGUAUAGAUAGGUUUUAUUUUGGGUCGUGUUGCCACAUAGAACCACUGCAUGAUAUUACGGAAAACACGAUAGACACCGAAAUAAUACCUUCAAGAGUGCCGCCUCAAAGGUUGAGCACCACGAGCCCGAGUACAAUAAGUACGCCAAAUAGUGGGGAUAUAGUUAAUUUAAUUAAUAAAUUAGGUGUUAGUAAUGCAACGACUGAAACUACAAGUACUACAACUGAAAAAAUUACUACGACAACGAAAAAACCCAUACCAACAACAACAACAACAACAACUAUUUCUACAACUACUACAAAAAAACCAAAAGUAACGACGCAAAAACAACCUACAACAACACAAAAAGUAUCUGUAACAACCACAGAACCCCCCGUAACCGAAAUAAUCGAAAAAUUGCAAACGUUUCAAUCAGUAAAUGGCAACACAGCAUCAACGAACGUAACGACAACAACGCCAAUAAUAACAACAAUUAAACCUGUGAAACUAACGACAACAACGGUUAAACCUACGCAGAGGCCUGUUACAACAACUAAACCACUAACAACAUUGAAACCUGUUACUAAAGCCCCCACGAAGCCUAAACCUAUUCGACCGGUUACAACGACGCCCAAACCUGCCAAAGUAACGAAAGUGCCAACGAAAUUAACAACGAAACCUGUCAAAACAACGAGUAAACCUGUUCAAGUAACGAGUAAACCUGUUAAGGUAGCGGUUAAUGUUACAACAACGACAAAACGACCGGUUACCUCUACAUCUACAGUGGUUACAAAGAAACCUGUCACAACUAAAGUGACAACCAAAAAGCCUGUUGUAACAAUCAAACCCACUAAAAUUGUAACGGUUAAAACAACGACUGUCGCACCUACGACAAUCAAAGUAACAACACCUGUUACAACAACAAUUAAAACAACGAAAACACCUCCAAAAAGUACACUUCCACCUGUAACUGUAACAACUGCAACUGUAAUAACUCAAACCUCCAUCACCACUCAACCACAAGUAACUAAAAAGCCUUUGGUGUCGACUACGGAAUCCAAUGAUCUACCAGUGCAAAAAUUGAAUGUAACUUCGAUUUUGGAGACAGUAAAUGGUAAUCCAGCAACGAAUGAAAUUGAAGCUGUGAGACCUGCAGCUGUCAGUACCACAGAAAAAUCAUCUACCAAACCAUCUUUGGUCACUUGGACGGUUGCUGAUGAUAGGAAAAAUUCCACGACGCCUUCAAUAGAUGCUCCAGCUUCUAACUCAACUGAAGCACCUGAAGAUUGGGUUCCAAUAACAACCCCAGAUGGCUGGGUGCUACUCCCUAGCGUAUCACCAAUCACAACGAACCCUUUAAGCGUAGAAACAAACACCACAACGCAACCUUCAUUUAUAACCACGUGGAAAACACCUGAAGAAACUAAAACACCAAGUACAUCCUCACCAACUGUGGUUACAACACCACCUUCCACCACCAUAACAACGACAAAAACUCCCACAUCGUCACCAAAGCCGUCUAUAACUUACAUACCAUUACAGCCUUCUACGACUGAAGGGGGCGUAACGAAUUUGGGUUCAUCGAUAACAACGAUGGCACCAGAGAAAAUUGAGAACGUUACAGUGACAACCGAAAAAACAUCGGGUGAGAAUUUGGGAACUACGUCGAGUUUAGUUGGCGAUAAUUUAACCACGUCUUCGCCACCCAUAUCCCCACCUGUUAAUAUGAGUGAUUUCACCCAUGUGUGCGGGAGGAGGAUGUUUCCCGAAGCAAGGAUCGUGGGCGGCGAGAAAUCUUCAUUCGGAAAAUGGCCUUGGCAGAUUUCCCUGCGACAAUGGAGGACAUCGACGUAUUUACACAAGUGUGGAGCUGCUCUUUUGAAUGAGAAUUGGGCCAUCACCGCUGCCCAUUGUGUGGAUAACGUGCCACCCAGUGACCUACUUCUGCGUCUAGGCGAGCACGACCUCUCCACCGAGAGUGAACCCUACUUGCACCAGGAACGCAGGGUGCAGAUUGUCGCGUCGCAUCCGCAAUUCGAUCCCAGGACUUUCGAGUACGAUUUGGCGCUUCUAAGGUUCUACGAACCCGUCACCUUCCAGCCCAACAUUCUGCCGGUGUGUGUGCCACAAACCGACGAGAAUUUCGUGGGGAGGACCGCUCAUGUGACAGGAUGGGGGAGAUUAUACGAAGAGGGUCCCCUGCCUAGCAUCCUGCAGGAAGUCUCGGUUCCUGUCAUCAACAACUCCGUCUGCGAGUCCAUGUACCGAUCAGCAGGAUACAUCGAGCACAUCCCUCACAUCUUCAUUUGCGCAGGAUGGCGACGAGGAGGGUUCGAUUCCUGCGAGGGCGACUCUGGCGGCCCCAUGGUGAUCCAGCGCGAAGACAAGCGAUUCCUGCUGGCAGGAGUGAUUUCCUGGGGCAUCGGGUGCGCCGAACCCAACCAACCCGGAGUCUACACCAGGAUAAGUGAGUUCAGGGAUUGGAUCAAUCAGAUCCUGCAGUUUUAA